AUGACGGAAAUCGAAGCCACCGAAUCCAUUCCUAGCACCUCUACACAGGGCGAUAUCGAAUCGAUUGCCGACAACAUCAAAAAUGGCCAUAUUAGCCGCAUCGUCGUUCUCACGGGCGCCGGCAUCAGCACGUCGGCCGGUAUCCCAGACUUCAGAUCUCCAACGACAGGACUGUACGAUAAGCUCGCUCCUCUAAAGCUACCGUAUCCCGAGGCGAUCUUUCACAUUAGCUACUUCUCCCAUUCGCCCGAACCCUUCUAUGCAAUCGCGCGAGCGCGUCAUCCGGGAAACCUCAAGCCGACAAUUUCGCACGCAUUCCUAGCCUUGCUGGCGAAGAAAGGGCUCCUCCACUAUCUCUUCACGCAGAAUAUUGAUGGUCUCGAGGAGGAUGCUGGUAUUCCGACUGACAAGGUACUCUGGGCACAUGGGAACUGGAAGAGUCAGCAUUGCUGGAAAUGCAAGACUGAGUACCCGGAUGACCUCAUGAAGAGAGCGAUCCAUAAUGGUGAGGUCCCGUAUUGUCUGAAAGCCGAGUGUGGGGGUGCGAUCAAGCCGAAUGUGGUGUUCUUUGGGCAGUCGCUACCAAAGGAGUUCGACGAGAAGGAGAAGGUAGUGGGACAGGGGGAUCUCAUGCUCGUUAUGGGGACGAGCUUGAAGGUCGCACCAUGCUCGACCUUGCCACGCCUUGCCAAUAAAGGUGUACCCCGGCUUCUCAUCAACAUGGAGAAAGCGGGCGAUUUCGGAAAUCGGAAAGAAGAUGUUUGUAUGCUGGGCCCAUGUGACGAUGGCGUCCGUCGACUUGCCGAUCUUCUGGGCUGGAGAGAUGAGCUCGAGACAUUGUGGAAAGACGCGGUCGAUGCCAAGGAGGAUGUUCUCAAAUUUCAGGAUGGACCGAGCUUAGACGAAUGCAUUGCAAAGAUGGCGGCCCAGAUGGAUGCUCGGCUAGGCAUUUCGAAAGGCCAUAAGAACAUGCUGGAGAAUCAUCUCAGCGACAAGUUUGCACAGAUGAUGUCAAAAGGACCUUCUUGUCAAUAG